AUGUGGGACAUGGUGCUGCUGUUGGUCUACAUCAACUUGUUUGGCGCUGUCGUCUACGUUUUGCUUUGCGGCCAGCAGGACUGCCACCGCGACACCUUCAUCGAGAAGUGUAAUUCUUUCCUUCUCAGCGGAUGUUUCGAAUCUCUAGCGAGCGUGUGCGGAAACGUGUUUGGCAAGAAGGCGCGGUCGAGAAUCGACGCCAUCGGCGACCAAUGCUGCAACAAGCCCAACCCCAUCUUCCAGGCACCCACAUCACGCACACGCACACGCACACGCACACGCACACGCACACCAUCCUCUAACUUGUGUCGUGUGUCGUGUGUCGUGUGUGUCGUGUGUCGUGUGUCGUGUGUGUCGUGGUGUGUCGUGUGUCGUGUGUCGUGUGUCGUGUGCCGUGUGUCGUGUGCCGUGUGUCGUGUGUCGUGUGUCGUGUGUCGUGUGUCGUGUGUCGUGCCUACAGAUUCUGUACUUGGCGUGCGUGUUGGGUCCAUUUAUUUUCUUCAUCGUUACCUCGUGGCACUAUCUCCCCGGCCCCUACGCGCCCGAGUACCACAAGUAUCUGUCGUUCGUGUUGGUCGGCGGCGUCAUCGCCAUCUACUUCCACGUUUGCCGCUCCGAUCCCGGCCGAAUCACUCCCGCGUACCUCUUCCAUACAUGCACACGCACACACGCACACACGCACGCACACACGCACACACGCACACACGCACGCACACACACACACGCACGCACACACACACGCACGCACACAACACACAAGGCAGGCACGCUUACACAUUUGUCAAUUGGUCGUGGUCGUGGUUGUGGUCGUGGUUCAGAACGUUGGCGCUCUACAAGGACAACUAUCCAUACGACGGGAUUCUCUAUGAAGAGAAAUUCUGCAAAACCUGCCAACUGCCGCGGUACGCAUCUAUUUUCCUCUUCUUCUUCUUCGUCAUCGUCUUUGUCUUCUUCUUCUUCUUCUCCGUCGUCGUCUUACCGCGGCCCGCACGCAUAGGCCGGCGCGAUCGAUGCACUGUCGCAUCUGCAACUCGUGCGUUUCGCGUUUCGACCACCACUGCGUGUGGAUCAACAACUGCGUCGGUGAACGGAACCAAAAGAAGGUGCGCACACCACACACUCUUCCCCCUCUCCAUCACUCUCACCAUCCUCACACGUGUCGUUGGUCGUGUCGUGUCGUUGGUCGUGUCGUUGGUCGUGUCGUGGUGUCGGCACCAGUUCAUUGCGUUCCUGUUCGCCACGGCGGCUCUUUGCUUCUACGGUUUCCUGGUGACCAGCGGCAUCGUGGCCGGCAUCGUCGAGCAGCAGGGAAUUCUUCGCUACGUCAUGAAGAACAGGACCACCGGCGAGAUCACGCCCAUCUCCUACCCCACCAUGUUCGUGAUUAUUUUGUUCGAGGCCGGGUCGGUGGUGAUGGUGGCCUUCUUCUCGGUCAUCAUGGGCAUCGUCCUCUUCCUCUUCGCCCUCUACCACGUCCACCUCGUCCUCUCCAACACCACCACCGCCGAGACCUUUAAAUGGGGCGAUUUGAAGCACGACGUCGAGGUGGCCAAGAAACUGCUCAAGAAGAUCGACGACAAGAAGGCGGAUACGAAGAAGGCGAAGAAGACGAACCAAAAAAGCAACGAUAAGAAGAAGAAGAAGAAAGGGGAGGUGGACACGUCUGAGAGCGAGAGUGAUAACGAGGAGGAGAGCAGCGAAGAAGAAGAGGGCAAGAGUGCGACGAAGAAGAAGAACGAAGACGACGCGCGAUUCGGGAGCGAGCUGUACCGCCACCGGAAGGCGCUGACCUACUCCAUGCACAAGCGGCUGUCCCAGCGGGUGAAGCUGGACCACAUGCAGUGGUUCGCCUUCAAGGCCGAACAACUCGACCGAGGCCAGCAGCCACGCAACGCCAAUUCCGCUCACCACCAGAAGCAACAACAGAAGACGGAGGAGGAGCGACGAUACGAAGAGAUGACAGAGGAGCGGCUCAAUCGGGCGUUCCUGAGCGAGCUCCGCUGGCUGGCCGACGAGCUGGUGGUCGACAACAGCUACAACCGCGGAUGGCGAGCCAACUUUGCCGAAGUGCUCCACCCCAUCUCCGAACGCAAGUCCGCCUCCGCCCGCCACACCAAGAAGCGCAAGUGA